AUGGCCAGUCGAUUACUGUUCCUCCUUGCUCUGUUGGCUAUGACAUGCUGUUGUGCGGUCGCUUCAGAUCCGAGCCUUCUCCAAGACUUCUGUGUUGCAGACAAGAUGUCUCAAGUGAAUGUUAAUGGUUUUACCUGCAAAGAUGCAAAAGAUGUUGUUGCCGAAGACUUCUUCUUCUCUGGCCUUCAUGUGGCUGCCAAUACCAAUAACAAGCAGGGAUCGGUCGUGACAGCGGCCAAUGUUGCGCAGAUUCCUGGCUUGAACACGAUGGGAAUCUCUAUGGUCCGCAUAGACUAUGCCCCGAAAGGCCAAAACCCACCUCACACUCACCCUCGUGCCACUGAAAUACUAGCUGUUCUUGAGGGCUCACUAUAUGUUGGCUUUGUUACAUCGAAUCCAAACAACACAUUGAUCUCCAAGGUUCUCAACAAGGGUGAUGUUUUUGUGUUCCCAAAGGGUCUUGUCCAUUUUCAGUUCAACUAUGGGACAGAAAAUGCCGUAGCUCUUGCAGCCUUGAGCAGCCAAAACCCUGGGGUAAUCACUAUUGCCAACACAGUAUUUGGAUCGGAACCAUCCAUAACAGAUGGUAUCCUUGCCAAGGCCUUCCAGGUCGAUAAAAAGACGGUUAACUGUAUCCAAUCUCAAUUCUAAUUAAGCGACUGGUUACAUGCAUGUUUGUUCCUUUACAAAAGUAACUCCAAAUUUCCCUAUUUCUCCAAUCCAUUUGUAUUGUAUUCUUCAAUUGUUGUAAGUCCAUUUCAUUCCUACCUUCAAUAAUUAUGUCAUGGAAUCGCAAAGCCUAUUUGCAAAACGAAUGUAAGUUUCUUCUGUGUCACAAUGUCAGUCUUGGCAUAUCAUGAUAUU